GGCUCAAACGGAACAGGGCUGUGAGGGGUGUGGAUGCCCAGAGGCUUCGAGGAAGGAGCCCAGGAGACCGAUGAGACAGAAGCCACUGCCAAGGCUGCCAACCAGUAAACAGACCGGGAGGUAACCCGAGCCCCGCUGGGAGCACCCACAGAGGACGGCCCCUCCACGCCGCCCGCCCGCCCGCCCGCCUGCCCCCUGCAAAGGGUUCGCCCUGGACACCUAGGCCCCUGGCUGCCAAGGCCAGGAGCCUCCGGAGGCCGGCCAGGGGAUUGCAAGCCCCCGCGGCUCCUCCCCUCCUCUUUCUGGCUGCGGCCGCGGCCAGAACUGAUCCCUGAGCCCGGAUUGGCUCCGGAGGCGGCGUGGGGCCGGAUCCCGGUGGCCCGGUCUGGGGGCGUCGCCCCGAAACGACACCCACUGCUCUCAGGCUCUGCCAAUCCCCGGGCACGCAGGGCGGACGCGCCGGGGGCAGCCCCCGCCCCUCCCGAUGGUUAGCGUCACGCGUGACGUUACACGUGAUGGGUGGGAAGGCGGGGGUGAAGCGCGGAGAGCUGCAGAGGCCGGGAACCCAGGAAAUUAAAAUGGGUGAGUUGCCUUUAGAUAUCAACAUCCAGGAACCUCGCUGGGAUCAAGGCACUUUCCUGGGCAGAGCCCGGCACUUCUUCACUGUCACUGACCCCCGGAACCUGCUGCUGUCUGGGGCAAAGCUGGAAGCUGCCCGGAACAUCGUGCAGAACUACAGGGCCGGCGUGGUGACUCCAGGCCUCACCGAAGACCAGCUGUGGAGGGCCAAGUAUGUGUAUGACUCUGCCUUCCAUCCCGACACGGGGGAGAAGGUAGUCCUGAUUGGCCGAAUGUCAGCCCAGGUACCCAUGAACAUGACCAUCACCGGCUGCAUGCUCACCUUCUAUAGGAAGACCCCCACCGUGGUGUUCUGGCAGUGGGUGAACCAGUCCUUCAAUGCCAUCGUCAACUACUCCAACCGCAGUGGCGACGCUCCCAUCAGUGUGCGGCAGCUGGGAACAGCUUACGUGAGCGCCACCACCGGGGCUGUAGUCACGGCCCUGGGACUCAAAUCCUUCACCAAGCACCUGCCCCCCCUGAUUGGCAGAUUUGUGCCCUUUGCAGCUGUGGCAGCUGCAAAUUGCAUCAACAUCCCUCUGAUGAGGCAGAGGGAGCUACAGGUGGGCAUCCCCGUGACUGAUGAGGCAGGCAAGAAGCUCGGCUAUUCAGUGACUGCGGCCCAACAGGGAAUAUUCCAGGUGGUGAUAUCGAGAAUCGGCAUGGCGAUUCCUGCCAUGGCCAUUCCCCCUGUGAUCAUGGACACUCUGGAGAAGAAAGACUUCCUGAAGCGCCGCCCCUGGCUGGGGGCGCCCCUGCAGGUGGGAAUGGUGGGCUUCUGCCUGGUAUUCGCCACCCCCCUGUGCUGUGCCCUGUUCCCCCAGAGAAGCUCCAUACACGUGAGCAGGCUGGAGCCAGAGCUGAGAGCUCAGAUCCAUCAGCAAAACCCCAGCAUCAAAGUGGUCUACUACAACAAGGGGCUCUGAAGGAGAGUCCGCCCUGGCCCUCCCUCAUCUCCUUGGGCUGCUGUGUCUCUGGAGCCUUGCCAUGCUGCCACUUUCUCUUCUGCCUGAUAUUAAGCAAGGGGCUUGGUGGGGAGCAGCCAUUGAGACCAGCAAUCCACUAGGCUGGGAAAGGUACCUAAUCAGUCUUCUUCUCUCCUCUCUGAUUCCAAAGAGCAGGCUCACGUAACCCCUUUUGCUGCACUCGUGUGUCUUUGUAUAUGUACAUGUGAUAUGUGUGUACACGCUGUCCUGGAAGCUAGGAGAAGUCAUGCUGUCCUGGGAUGUCCUGGGCUGGCUUCUCCUCUUGGCCUCCUGCCACCAGCCAGCCAGCCAGCCAGGCUAUGGGACUUAGUUCCACUGGCGAGUCAUUUCUCACAGCACCUCACUCCUUCCGGACAUAGGAGAAGCCCCAGGAUCUCAGGACAGACGGAGAGACAGGAGCAAACCAAACAAACUGGGUUGAAUCCUCCAGGUUUCUGCUUCCUGGCUCCCAAAGCUGACUCGGGAGCUGGGCUGGCAGAGGAAGGCCUGUCAGGCUCAGGGAGGUAGGGGGCUUAUGCUCUAUCCCCACAUCCUGGAAUAGAUCACUUCCUCUCCUCUCCGCUGCUCUACCAGAACAAAGGAAUGCCAGCAUCCUGCACUGUUCUUGCCAGCUUCCCCUGCCCCCUCUUCUGCAGUGUGGCCGUCUUCGGGCAUAAUGCUGGGAGUUCUUUGUCCAUUCUACAUUAUAACCUCAAAUUCAAAACCUACAACCCCAACCCUCUCCCAAACCCUCUACCAAAAAGUCACCGAGGCAGAGAAGCAUUCCAGAGCUCCCAUCGCACCUUCUUCCAGAGGGGCACAGCUGUGGGAAGUGCUUAAACCCCACAGGUAUCUGAAUGGGUGUAACUAGUACACUCUCAAGGGCAACUAAGGCCACAAGCGUACGAUCUUAAGACAGGGAAUUUUGUGUUCCUUUGACCCUUGUUAGACACUCCGUAGGACUCUGUCGCCUUAACUCCUUUUCCUUCUGAAGGCUUGGCCCUGCUCCCACCCCCUCCCCCAAGAGGAGGAGGGGCCCAAGCAUCAAUGGCUAGUCCAAGGCUGAGGUGGGCUUGGGGAUGGAGCAUGUGCCAGGUGCUAGUAAACUAAGAGUAUGGAGCUACAUCUUGACCCCCCACUCCCAUGACCGCUGGCGGAAGUGGUAGGGUGAAGGCCCCAGCAGGAUCCCCUAAGAGCAUUUUCCUGCUCCCCAACCAGCUGCCACCAAUAACAAAAGCUAUGAUGCUGUUGUUACUCAAUAAACUAAAAACUUGUAUACUUCUUUUUAAAAGAUAUAUAUUUUUAUUGAUUUCAUAGAGGAAAGGAGAGGGGGAGAGAGAGAAAUAUCAAUGAGAGAAAAUCAUUGAUCGCUGCCUCUUGCACGCUCCACACUGGGGAUUGAGCCCGCAACCCGGGAAUGGAACUGCGAUCUCCUGGUUCAUAAGUUGAUGCCCAACCAAUGAGCCACGCUGGCCAGACUCUACUUCUUGAUCUUCACUUGAUUCUAGGCCCUGAGUACCUAGGAAGAGCCUUUCCUUCUCUCCCCACAAAGUCCUGCUCUUGGUCUCUUCCCUCCCCUCCUGUAGGGAGCCUCAGCUCCCAGCAGAGGGCACUCUGAGAUUAGAAAAUCAGUCUUCCAUCAGCACCCUGAGCACUAAAGGAGAGGGAUUGUAUGCAGUAAAUGCUCUCCUAUUCCCUCAGCAGAUGGAGUCCUGGCUUCGUUUUCUUUGCUAGGGGUGCUGGUCACACCUUGGUUCCUUUCAGGCGUUUGGUAGGGGCGGUAGCAUCUGGUCCCAGGGAGGCCCCCGCAUAGAGGAAGAGCUAAGGACUGCCCAGCGUCAUCAGAGAAAUAGUGCAAUGACACGCCCUCCAGACCCCUGCCUGCCCCCACUGAUACACAGGGAAACACAUCUCACAGGGACCAUUAGCCCCUUAACACCCCUUCCGCCUACCCCAGGGCCCUCUACUCCCUCCCUGCUUCUGUAACCCCCCUCCCCUUUUCUUCCCCCGGGAUAUAUGAGGCUAAAAGCUCAUGCCAAUGUACAGCUGGUGAGAGCUACUAUUAAACAGUUUAGAGUUGUCUCUUUUACCCUAAGCCUUGGCUUUGGAAGAUUCAAAAGAAUAAACAUGAAUGAGUCUAUAUUAAAGUCCAUUCCCUAUUCACUGUACGAAA